GAAUAUUCUGAAGUAAACUUUCAUCUGGGUAGAAAAUGCAGACAACCUAACAUAGGAUAUUGGAGUUUUUGUCUAGGUUUCCUAAAUAUGGGAAUUUGUUUGCCCUGUCUUGGAGGUCAAUCUGAUGAUUAUGACCAGCCAUCACCAGAAACAAAGAGACGACAGCAAGCAGCAGCAGCAGAGCAAAGACAGAAAGCUAACGAAGGAAGAGGACUUAAAGAUCCUGAAAAUGUGAAGAGAAAACAACAAAAACGAGAAGAAGCUGAAAGGAAAGCUGAUUUACAGCCUCAAGGAGAAGGAGGACUAAAGUGGCAGAUGGGAUAAGAUCUCCGAAGAAUGAAGAAGAGAAAAAAGGAGAAAUAUCAGUAUUUUGUGUUAAAAGAGUGAAUAUCAAACUUGUGCUAUAAUACCUCAAAUAAGUCAAAUGUUGAGUUGUAUCAUAUUAUUAUCAUGAUUAUAUUAAAUUUUAAAGUUUUAAUGCUAUGGAUAUUAACAUAUUACAUUGUUUUACUUGCUCUUCAGACCAACUGAAGACAUGUGUGUUAUGGGUUUCCUUAUAUAGAAAAAUUAUGAGGUUGGUCGUUUUUUUGUUAUUUUGCUAAAUUUUUCUACCUUGAAUUUAUAAAAACGUAAUGCCAUUUUGUCAAAAAUUAACUUUCAAAAUUGCCAAUUAAAAUGUUAUGCUUAGGUAUUUGGAAGCAUAAAAAAUAGGAUAGACAGAAUCACUAAAUAGAUAUAAGAAGAUGUGGUAUGAGUGCCAAUGAGACAACUCUCCAUCCAAGUAACAAUAUAAAAGUAAACCAUUAUAGGUCAAGGUACGGCCUUCAACACGGAGCAUUGGCUCACACCAAAACUGACUUGUUUUUAGACUUAAUCUGCAUUGCAUUACAAGACGUAUAAGUGAGAAUCUGAAAUUUUAAAGGCCUUUUCGAACUUGGAGUGAGGUUAGAAUUUUUACCCAUGUUGAAGGCCUCACAAUGAUUUUGGGAUGAUGAACAGCAGUAAAAGAAAUUGAUUUUUGCAUAUUGGUGUUGUGAUUUCGUGUCAUUGAUUGGAGUUUCAGAAGAACAUCAAUCAGAUAUUUGAUUUUUAUGUGUUAACAGCUCAAAAUGAUGACUGCUGUUUCUUGUUUUUUCACGUAAAUUCUAAAUACUAAAAUCCUUCUUCCUUUCUUAUACUCACGAUUCUGAAUAUUUUGCAAUGUUGAAAUGUUUUUUUUUUUAUGAUUGUCAAUAUUCAGAUUUUGCUUCCAACUUAUAUUAUGUUUAUAUGUAUAUAAAAGUUCUAUUUAGGAAUUUUAUUUCAAAUUGUGGUCUUUUUCUAUUGAAAAUUUGUGAUAAUAUGUAUUUAUAAAAAGAUGAAAGGUCAGCGCUUGAAAAUGUUAAAUUCGGAUGAGAUCAAACACUAAUUUGUCAGGUAUUAUAUAGAUCAAAACAUUGUUGUUUAUUGUUUAAUUUUGUAAAUUUAUUUUGUUAUAUUGCUGCUUAAAGCUGGUCUUCUUUUAUUUUAAGUUUGCUUUCAUGAUUAUCAUUGAAGUGCUACAGAGUUCUCCAAAUCCCUUUUUUUUUAGCCUAAGGGUCAUGAGGACCACCAAGACUACAAAAUCUGGUAGUCCAAGUGAAAAUUUGGUGGUCCUGUAUAUAAAGAAAAUUUUUGCUGUGAAGUAAAUUUUGUAUUUCCAUAAAUGUAGGGAUAAAUAAGAUUACGCCAAUUUGCACAAUAACAACAUGGUUCCAUAUCAAAAAUUGAUAUACAUUGUAAUCAGGGUCUAUACUUAGAUAUCAGACAACCUAAAAAAUGUAUAAAGUUACCAUUAAUUUUUAGCUACACAUCAUGACAACUACACUCAAAUUGGUGGACCUUCCAAAUUUUUGGUGGUAAAAACUGACAGGACAACUAGUUUUAGAGAACACUGAGGAUACUAAAAAGAAUUCAUAAAGAUUUGUAAUUCACUUUCAUUCAGUUUGUGUCAUUCAUUGUGUUAUUGUACAAAUUUUGUUGAAAUGUGAUCAUUUUAUCUGAUAUUUUAAUGUGAAUUUAUACUUCAAAUAUUUCAAUGAAUAGAAGAUUUUCAGAAUUUAUUACGGAGAAUGCUAAAUUAAGUAAAUAUAUUUUAGUUUUAGCUUAUAUAAGAAAUAAAUAGUUUGCCUGUACAUGUAGAAA